GCCCCGCCCCCCCCGGAAGCUCCGCCCCUCCCCCCUGUGCCCCUCCCCUCUCCUCCUCCCGCCGUGGCCCCGCCCCCCGUGGCCCCGCCCCCCGUGGCCCCGCCCCCUCGGCGCCAGCGCCGCCCCCGCCUGUGGGACCCCCAGACCCAAAUCCCGGCCGAGGACAUGAGGAGGAACCUGAGCGACCAAUGGGGAGGCUGCAGGGUCAGGGAGCCCCUGGAGCUGCCCCAGCGCCGCCCCCCGAAGGAGCUGCUGAGCACCCCCAGCCUCGGGCCCCUCCCCCCUCCCCUGCAGCGGCUCUGGGCUCUCUGCGCUAAGCCCCGCCCCCCGGCCAGGCCACGCCCCCCGGAGGAGGAGCCAACGCCGGAGCUGCCCAGCGAGGUGGAGGUGCCGCGGGAGGCGCUGGAGCCGAGCCUGGCCCCGCCCAGCUCCGAGAUUUCCGUGGAGCCGAUGGAGGAGGAGCCGAGCAUCCCGUUCCUUCCGGCCCCGCCCCCCGAGGUUGUCCCGGAGCUUCCGGAGGCGCCGGCGAUCGAGCUCAGGAGGCUGAUCCUGGACCACGCCCAAGCCCCGGAGGGGGCGGAGUUUGGUGACAUCAUGGCCCCGGAUUGGCCACGCCCCCGCGUGGCUCAGGCCUUUGUUCUCUGCCUGGAUCUCUGCGCCUCCCAUUGGCUGAAGCUGGAGCAGCCCCGCCCCUACGGCCCCAUCCGCAUCAGGCUCCGCCCACGGCGCCAAUAAACCCCGCCCACAUUGCCUUAUAUGGAGAUGGGAGGGGAAUUGGGGAAUUUUGGGUGAAAUUUGGGAAUUUUCGGGGGAAUUUUGGGAAUUUUUGGGAUUUUUGGGGAAUUUUUGGGUGAAAUUGGGGAAUUUUGGGUCAAAUUUGGGAAUUUUUGGGAGAAACUUGGGAGGUUUUGGGUAAAUUUUGGGUCAAAUUUUGGAUUUUUGGGGAUUUUUGGGAAAUUUUUGGAUGAAAUUUGUGAAUUUUGGCGAAUUCUUGGGUCACAUUUGGGAAAUUUUGGAAUUUUGGGGAAAAAUUUGGGAUUUUUAGGGAACUUUUGGGUGAAAUUUGGGAAUUUUUGGAAGUUUUUGGGGUGAAAUUUGGGAAUUUUGGGGUCAAAUUGGGGAAUUUUGGGGUAAAAAUUAGGAAUUUUUGGGUCAAUUUUGGGGAUUUUUUAAUUUUUGGGGAAUUUUUGGGGUAAAUUUGGGAAUUUGGGGUAAAUUUUGGGUGAAAUUUGGGAAUUUUUGGGGAUUUUUUUCGAAAAUUUUGGGGGAAAUUCAGUAAAAAUGUGGAAUUUGAUGGAAAUUUCAAGAUUUUUUUUGGUGGAUUUUUUAGGAAAUUUUGGGUUUAAAUUUGGAAAUUUGGGAAUUUGGGAAUUUUGGGGUUUUAAAAAUUUUUGGGGUGAAAAUUGGGAAUUAUUGGGGAAUUUUUGGGUGAAAUUUUGGGAUUUUUUGGGGCAAAUUUUCGGGAAUUCUGAGGAAAUUUCUGGGACUUUUUGGGCCAAAUUUGGGAUUUCUGAAGAUUUUUGGGAAUUUUGGAGGAAAUUUUGGGGGAUUGGAAGGAAUUUUGGGAACUUUUGGGGGAAAUUUGGGACUUUUGGGGGGAAAUUUGGGAUUUUUGGGGAAAGGUUUUUGGGGUCAUUUUCACCAAUUUCGGGCAAAAUUUUUAUUGAUUUUUAAAGAUUUUUUUCCUCAUAUUUUAACGCAAAUUUUAUGCAAUUUUUAUGCAAAUUUUAUGCUAAUGUCACAUCA